ACUCUAUAAUAUUUAUGUAUAUAGUGAUGAAUAUAUAUCAAUGUAUACUAAUAAUGAAAUUUGGUGCGAAAUUUGCUAAAUGUUAAAUAAUGCGUCUACAAGCUGGAUAUAUUUGUUGCUUUUACAUCAAAGUGAUUCGUUUAGGAUUCAUUUAAGUUUUUUGUAAUUACUAAAUAGCAGUGAAAGUUGAAUACUCAAUUUCAAAACAAGGUUGUAAAAUACUUUAUGGACAUAAAGUUAGAAAUUAAGGAUUAAAUAUUACAAGCUGAAAGUUAACUCUGUUUUUAUUAUUUUUAUUUAAGAGUUGUUAAGUUUUUGUAAAAUUGGUGUUUGUGCACUGUUUGUUUGUUGCGAUAGAAUAAAUGGUAAAAAAAAAAUAAAAAUACUAUCCAGUAUAUUAAAAUACAAUGCUAUGGAUAUUAUUUGAUGUUGACAAACUGUGUAUAUUUACAAACAAGUGAAACGAAUUCGAGUGAAAAGGACUUAUAUUAAAGAAGAUACCAGAAAUGAGUUCUCAUCAUAGAUUAAAUCCACCUUCCGGUGAUAUAGAACAUAUUACUUACUUGUCCGAGGAUAUCGGUGCUCUAUAUCUCUCGGAUGAUUACUCGGAUGUGACUUUAAUUGUUGGUGGUCAGAGAUUUAAUGGUCAUAAAAUCAUUUUAGCUGCACGUAGUCAGUAUUUUAGAGCUCUACUUUUUGGAGGGUUAAAAGAAUCGACGCAACAUGAAAUUGAAUUGAAGGAUGCUAAUUUGGCUGCAUUUAAAGGCUUACUCGAGUACAUAUAUACAGGACGAAUGUCUCUAACAGAUAGACGCGAAGAGGUGAUUUUAGAUAUUCUGGGAUUAGCACAUCUUUAUGGGUUUUCUGAAUUAGAAACCUCUAUAUCGGAUUACUUAAGAGAAAUACUAAAUAUAAAAAAUGUGUGCCUCAUAUUUGAUGCAGCGCUUUUCUAUCGCCUAGAAUUUCUUACUAGGGUUUGUCACGAGUACAUGGAUAAACAUGCAUGCGAAGUGAUACAGCAUGAGAGUUUCUUGCAAUUGAGUGCUGCUGCCUUAAAUGAACUUGUGUCAAGAGAUUCUUUUUAUGCACCAGAGAUUGACAUUUUUUUAGCUGUGCGCGCAUGGGUCAAAGCGAAUCCCGAUGCUAAUGACAAAAGUGUUUUAGAGAAAGUACGGUUGAGCUUGGUUUCUAUUACGGAUCUCCUAAACAUUGUCCGGCCAACUAAAUUAAUUUCUCCAGAAGUAAUCUUAGAUGCAAUAGCUUCAAGGACACAAACACGUGAUUCAGAUCUUAAUUACCGUGGUCGACUACUUAUUGAUGAAAAUGUGGCUCACCCUAUGCACGGUGCUCAAGUUUUGCAGGGUGAAAUGCGUAGUUAUCUUUUAGAUGGAGAUACAAACAACUACGAUAUGGAACGAGGGUACACCAGGCACACCAUUACGGAAUCACAAGAACAUGGUAUUUUGAUUAAAUUAGGAACUCAGUGUAUCAUUAAUCAUGUUAAAAUGUUACUUUGGGAUAAGGAUAUGCGUUCAUAUUCUUACUAUCUUGAGGUAUCCAUGGAUCAAGAAGAUUGGGUUCGGGUUAUUGAUCACACAGAAUAUUUUUGUCGUAGCUGGCAAUAUUUGUACUUUGAGCCAAGGGUAGUUCUUUAUAUUCGCAUCGUUGGAACAAAUAAUACUGUAAAUAAGGUUUUCCAUGUUGUAAGCUUUGAAGCUUACUACACGAAUCAUACAGAAAAACUCUGUAAUGGUUUUGUUGUUCCAACCCGAAAUAUUGCUACCAUGGAUCGAAGCGCCAUUGUUACAGAAGGUGUUUGCAGGUCACGAAAUGCCUUAUUAAAUGGUGAUACAUCUAAUUACGAUUGGGAUAGUGGAUACACGUGUCAUCAGCUUGGCUCUGGUUCUAUUUCAGUACAACUUGGACAACCGUAUAUUAUAGACUCUAUGAGAUUAUUGCUUUGGGAUUGUGAUGAUCGUUCAUAUUCUUACUACAUAGAGGUAUCUGGCAAUUCUUGGAAUUGGGUUCUAGUUGCUGAUAAGACUAGAGAAGCUUGUCGUUCAUGGCAAACUAUACACUUUGAACCGCCUCGUCCUGUCGUUUUUAUACGUAUUGUUGGGACGCAUAAUACAGCAAACGAGGUUUUUCAUUGCGUUCAUUUCGAAUGUCCCGCUCAGAUAAAUGAUAAAGCUGCAAAUAAAUCUCCAUUGCAUAGAGGAAAGCAAUUAUUAACUACUCACGAUUCCAUGCUGUCCUUAGUACCACCUCCUCCAGAAACAGCUACAGAAGCAGUUAAUAUUGAUCACGAAGAAACAAAUUCAGUAGAUCACUGUAUUUUUCCAUAAUUCUUGUUUUCCUAUUUGAAAAUAAAUCGUUGUAUAAAA